AUGGGGCUCAGCGACGGGGAGUGGCAGCUGGUGCUGAACAUCUGGGGGAAGGUGGAGGCCGAUCUGGCGGGCAAUGGGCAGGAAGUCCUCAUCAGGCUCUUUAAAGACCACUCUGAGACCCUGGAGAAGUUCGACAAGUUCAAGAACCUGAAGUCGGAGGAUGAGAUGAAGGCGUCCGAGGACCUGAAGAAGCACGGCACCACCGUGCUCACUGCUCUGGGUGGCAUCCUGAAGAAGAAGGGGCAGCACGAGGCGGAGAUCAAGCCCCUGGCCCAGUCCCAUGCCACUAAGCACAAGAUCCCCAUGGCAUACCUGGAGUUCAUCUCUGAAGCCAUCAUCGAGGUCCUGAAAUGCAAGUACCCCGGGGACUUCGGGACCGACGCCCAGGGCGCCAUGAGCAAGGCUCUGGAGCUGUUCCGGAACGACAUCGCGGCCAAGUACAAGGAGCUGGGGUUCCAGGGCUAG